AAUACCAAUCUAGUUUACUCCAACUAGUGCUAGCAAUUUUUCAUUUUAGCUAAGCCAGCUUGCUAAGUUGAAAACUUUUUAAAAUACCAAGUUUUUCAGAGUGCAACGGAACCGGUUUGACCGCCAUGGAAAGUCCCACGAUUUGUUUUUUGUUUUUUUAAUUUUGAACGUGACUCGCUUAGCUAUCAAGGACGAUUCAUGUUUCCAACAGCACCAUUUAACACCAAAAGGCCCGGCAAACGUCUUAAUAGAGCCCGUGGCUCUGAGGUGGACAGCUAGCUAACAGUAGCUCAACUAGGCCCGAGUGCUAUGCCCAUCCAAGAUAAUGUUUCUCACGUCUAAAAUCCCAAGCAGCGACGCCUCCUCUCGGGCAGUUUCGGGGGACACCGCGGGAUCUCGUCUCGUCGUUCGACAGUCUGAUAGAAGUCCACGUGCAGACAAGAUGAAGGAGGAGGCUGGUGCAGAGGGAGAGAUGGAGAACGCGGAGCCCCUUUCGGCCGAGAAGUACGCCGCCGAGGCGAUGGCGGCCGACAUGGACCCGUGGAUCGUGUUCGACUCGUGCAAAACCCCUAGGGCCGAAUUCGAGGGCUGGCUGGAGUCCAACCGGCCCUCCCAGGUGAGCCGGUACGGGGACGAGGAGGGGGGGACGGGUCCCGUGGGGUGGAUCUCCGUGCUGGGCCCGGACCACUGCCCCAGCACGGGGAACGUGACGGGUCUGCAGGAGAGCUGGGAGCGGCUCCAGGCCAGCGGGAGGCCCGUCAGCUUCCAGACGGUGAAGGAGCUGGCGCUCAACCACGGCGUGCUGGUGGGCAAAUGGCUCAUGUACCUGGACACGGGCUUCAAGGUGGACCACGCCUGGGAGUGCAUCGCCCGGGCCGUCCUGGACGGGAAGAUCUGGUCGGCCAAGGUCAGCCCCCGCGACCCCAAGCCGGACAGCAGGCACGUCAUCUGCGUCUACAACCAGGCCUUCACCGAGGAGGACCAGGUCGUGAGGCUGGACGCGGCCAUCCGCGCAGCCGGCGUCAAGUGCCCGCUCUCCUACAAGCCCGACGUCUACACGUACCUGGGCAUCUACCGCAACAACCGCUGGAAGCUCUGCCCCACCAUCUACGAGAGCAAGUUCGACCUGGAGUGCGUGCCUCGCCGCUCCCACAUCGUCAACAAAGUCACCGGCGCGGAGGUGACAUAAGAUGGCGUCGGGGGCAGCGGCGUCGUGGUGGGAUCGGACGGACGGACAGGACGGACGCUGAAUAACGGCACGGUUUGUGAACGUUCACUCGUGCGGACGCGUUUUUUCUCUCUCGUAUUUGUUCCGUUUGUGCCACUACAAAAAAAAAAAAAAAAAAGUAGUACGGAAACCUGCGUGCUUCCGAUUUCACUACCAGGAAUUACACUGGAUCCUAGCUUCCGCUGCACGAGCCAGCCUUAUACCUGCUUAGUGAGGAACCUGGUGCAUAAACAACAACAAAAAAAUACUGAAUGGAAAAUAGUCAAACUGUCAGCUGCCCGCGAUUGGCUCUGGCCUUUAGGAUAUUGCCGGGGUUGAGAUUUUGUUCAUGGUCAUUUUGUUCACACUUGUCACUGGAAAAAUAACGGCACUAACCAAGUUGAAAGACUUCAGCUGUGUGAGCUGGGACAGCCGGAAAUGAGGAGAGGCUGGGUCUCGCCCCGGUCACAAGGUUUCAGUGUGGACACGAGGACAGCCAUUUUAUUUCCACACAUCCAUCCUGAGCUACAGCCCGGCAAAUAAUCAGUUUACAAAAAAAAAAAAAACACACACACAGCAGAAACAGACAUUUAAGGGCUGUAACAAUGGUUUCCUUUGCUCAGAAAUGAGCUGACGUUUUUGUUAUUUUAUACGCAAACAUAAUUUUGUUUUCUGUGUUAUAUUCUAUACACCUGUCCUAUACGUUUGCCAAAUAAAAGCAAAUUUGGAAACCAGCUCUUGAAUAAAUUGCUCAAUUUUUACAUCAUUCUGCA